GCAGCCUGUUCGCACCUGCCCUCCCCCAGUGUCGGAACCCAUAGCAAUGCCGCGCACCACCUCGCGCGCAAACGCACUGCGCGCCGGGACCGGCCCGCGCAUCUUUUCGCUCCUCCUGGUUCUUGGAGUGGGUCUUGCAUACAGCGGCCUCGUGGCUUUUUGCUCAUUCCAACCCAGCCAGGCUCAAGGGGCCCGAAUUUCUCGGAGGGCCGAGGGAAGUGGCACGACGCUUGAGAAGCCCAAGGCCGGCAGCGAGUGGCGCCUGGGCGUGGGCCGCGCCAUCGACGUGCUGCGGCGCGACGUGGCGGGCCUCUUCAGCCGAAAGCGCUACACGCCGGACUUCUCCAUCUACAGCCCCGACAUCGAAGUCACAGAUGCCAGGCUUCCUAGCUUCAAGAUCAAAGGCCUCGCCAGCUACCAGCAGGUGCUUUCCACACUGCAGUGGUCGGUGCGCACGGCCUGCGACCGAAGUAACUUGGAGAUCACCUCGAUGACCCCACCGGUGAACAACGACAUGUACCUCAGAUGGCGCCUUACCCUGGUCUUCAAGGACGUGCGUUCCAUGCUUGGCAUUGGCCAUUCCUCCGGUGCCGAAGUGCCUUUCAUCGUCGAAGGCUACUCGCGCUAUGAGUUUGACCCAUGGUCGGCCGCCAUCGUCAAGCACACCAUCGAUAUCACCAAUCCGCCGAUGUAUUUGUCGGACUUGAUGGCUUCCUAUGCAUCUCCCUCCUGGCUCACUGUCAGUCCUCAGCUUGGCAUGCCAAGUCUCAGCGCUUGGCCGGCCACUGCGACCACUGCGUCUGGCUCGCACACCGGAGCCGCCUUGCUCACCGGUGGCAGCGCUGUGGCGGGGACGAUGGGGACGGGCCGGAACGUGAGUGGGUUGGCACGGAGAGCUGGUGGGAUGUUCCCAGGUUUUCCCCAAGGCUGUGAGGAUGAUUUCGAGUGCAAUGAUGGGAAGGCCAACUUUCCGCUCCAGUGCUGUGAGAUGCCCUUGUUGGGCAAGUUUUGUUGCGAGCCGCCAGAUGACUUUGCCACGGGCGUUCCCAAUGAAAUGCCUGCCUAUGUGCCGCUGCCCGUGCCAGUGGACCCUCUGGACCAGUGAGUCUGGGGAGGAACGUCAGUGGAGGUAUAGCUCUCACCUUGCAAGAUUUUCACGUGGACGAAGCAGCUGAGUAUCCGCGCCAUGGAAUUCAGACUCAGGUGAAGCUGAGAGUUGGCCUCGCCGAGUUGGCAGGUUUCGGCUCGACCGCCCUUUGACGCGUCGGAUGCCGCUCCGAGAUCGGAUCUCGGACAGGAGCCCUUUCGCCGCACUCCUGGGCCAGUUCAGUUCCGCCCGCGAGCAUCACGUACGAUUUCUCCUGCACAGCUCACGUCGUAUCUGCGUCGGUCUCUCCGGGCGUCGUUUUUGGUGGGGCCAUCGGACCUGAAAGUAUCCGUUGGGAAGCAAUCGAGGCGCUUUUUUCGGAUUGAACAGGAGC